AUGUUGGAGACUAAAAUCUCCCAAGUGGCUCAACAACAACCUUCAUCCCCAAAACCUCUCAGAAUAUUUCCACAACAGCUUGCACAAAACCCAAAAGGACAUGUAAAGAUUGCCAUCCAUAGAAAUGAGAACGAUAAUGAUGAGAAUGGAAAAGUCCAACCAACUAAUGAGGUUGAAGAGGAAGAGAAAGAAAAACCUUAUGUGCCUCAUCCUCCAUACAAACCACUCAUUUCAUCCUUACAAAGGUUUUCAAAAUUCAAGAUAAAUGAAGGGUUUAAAAAGUAUGUGGAAAUAUUGAAGAAACCAUACACCAACAUUCAUUUCACAAAAGCUAUGUCCCAAAUUCCAUCCAGUGUAAAAACUUUAAAAGAAAUUUUAUCGAAUGAAAUAAAUUUGGAUGACAAUGGUAUGGUAGCAUUAAAUGAGGAAUAUAGUGCAAUAAUACAAAACAAAUUGCCUCUAAAACUAAAAGAUCCAGGAAGUUUUUCAAUUCUUUGUGUCAUCAGGAAUAUGAGUUUUAAGGAUGUGUACUAUGCAAUCUUGGGGAUAGCGUGA